AGUGUGGCGCCCCGCCGCCCUGGCCUGUGCUGCCUGCCUUACGGCAGGUGUCGCGCGGCCCCGGUGGUUUGCGACAGGUUCCCGGUGGCGGGGCCCGGUGGGCGCGAUGGACGUGGGGGAGCUGCUCAGCUACCAGCCUAACAGAGGGACAAAAAGACCCCGUGAUGAAGAGGAAGAGGAAAUCAAAGCACGUCGGAAACAAGCCAGUGCCCGAGAGCAUGGUCGUCAUAGGGAAGAGGAGUCUGCUGCCCUGGAGGAAACUGAUGAUGAGAAGAAGAAACUCCUUCAGAUAAUUGAGAGGGAUGGAGAAGAGGAAGAUGAGGAAGAGGAACCUUUGGAUGAAAGUUCAGUGAAGAAGAUGAUUCUCACCUUUGAAAAAAGAUCCUACAAAAACCAGGAGCUGCGGAUCAAGUUUCCUGAUAAUCCAGAGAAGUUUAUGGAGUCAGAACUGGAUUUAAAUGACAUCAUUCAGGAAAUGCACGUGAUUGCGACGAUGCCCGGCCUGUAUCACCUGCUGGUGGAGCUGAACGCUGUGCAGUCUCUGCUGGGGCUGCUGGGACAUGACAACACAGAUGUUUCCAUAGCUGUGGUUGACUUGCUGCAAGAGCUGACUGAUAUUGAUACUCUCCAUGAGAGUGAAGAAGGAGCUGAAGUCCUCAUAGACGCUCUUGUGGAGGGCCAGGUUGUGGCCUUGUUGGUGCAGAAUUUAGAGCGCCUGGAUGAAAGUGUGAAAGAGGAGGCUGAUGGUGUCCACAACACCCUGGGAAUCGUGGAGAACAUGGCAGAGUUCAGGCCGGAGAUGUGCACGGAGGCUGCACAGCAGGGCCUCAUGCAGUGGCUGCUCAAGAGGCUGAAGGCUAAGAUGCCUUUUGAUGCCAACAAGCUGUACUGCAGUGAGGUGCUGGCGAUUCUGCUCCAGAAUAAUGAUGACAACAGAGAAUUGCUUGGGGAGCUGGAUGGGAUCGAUGUGCUGCUUCAGCAGUUAUCUGUGUUUAAACGACACAAUCCAAGUACAGCAGAGGAACAGGAAAUGAUGGAGAACCUGUUUGACUCCCUUUGCUCCUGCCUAAUGCUCAGCUCCAACCGCGAUCGCUUCCUGAAGGGUGAGGGUCUGCAGCUGAUGAACCUGAUGCUCAGGGAGAAGAAGAUUUCCCGCAGCAGUGCCCUGAAGGUGCUGGACCACGCCAUGAUUGGACCAGAGGGCACAGACAACUGUCACAAGUUUGUGGACAUCCUUGGGCUGAGAACCAUCUUCCCUCUCUUCAUGAAAUCACCCAAAAAGAUAAAGAAAGUUGGAACAACUGAAAAAGAGCACGAAGAACAUGUCUGUUCCAUCCUGGCUUCCCUUCUGCGAAACCUGAGAGGGCAGCAGAGGACACGGUUACUGAAUAAAUUCACAGAGAAUGACAGUGAGAAGGUUGAUAGGCUGAUGGAACUGUAUUUUAAGUACCUGGAUGCAAUGCAGGCAGCUGAUAAGAAGAUUGAUGGGGAGAAACACGACAUGGUGCGUCGAGGAGAGAUCAUAGACGAUGACAUGGAAGAUGAAUUCUAUCUCCGUCGUCUGGACGCCGGGCUCUUUGUGCUGCAGCUCAUCUGUUACAUCAUGGCAGAGAUCUGUAAUGCCAACGUUCCCCAGAUUCGUCAGAGAGUCCAUCAGAUCCUGAACAUGAGAGGCAGCUCCAUUAAAAUUGUUCGACACAUCCUGAAGGAGUACGCGGAGAACAUCGGGGACGGGAAGAACCAGGAGUUCCGGGAGAGCGAGCAGAAGCGGAUCCUGGAUCUGCUGGAGAAUUUCUGAGGCCCUGGGAGACACCUCUGUGUCUGCCCACAAGGACAUGGCGCCAGUCCUCCCUCCUCCUGCCCCUCCUCCAGCCUCUACUGCACGAUCAAAGUGAUGUUUCUAUGAAACUGCUUCUAAAUGGGAUUUGGGAGAUAUUAAAGAUAGUUUGCUUUUUUUUUAGUUGCUGGUUUGUUAUUUGAGCAGUGUUCUGUGAGUGGGGCUGCAGCUGCAUACGCAGCACAAAGCCAGCAUGAGGUUCUCAUCUUUUUUAUCUUUUUCCCCCUAAAUCAAGCUGCCAAGGAUCACUGUGAAACAAUACAAAUGUUUGUGUGGCAGGGAGGGCAGAGAGGAAGGCUGCAUGGCUCGAGAGACUGUUGGCAGGUUAUUCCAGCCUGAUGCAUUAAUGAAAAUGUACAGCCCUUGCUCUGAUGGGAACCAGGGAGGCUGAGGCAGUGGUGUGUGUCCAGUUCAUCCCUUCUUCAGUGGCAGACGAGAUCCAGGAAUUGACCACAUCAGCCAUUCCUGUUACAUCUUUCCA